AUGCGCAUAGAGUGGUACAGACCGCAGCACAGAGACCCACUGGUGCAUCUCUACCUUCUGGGAGAGAGCAGGAAUGAGCACCAGAACCCAUCAUACAGCGGAAGGACCGGACUCUUCCCUGAGGAACUGAGGAAGGGCAAUACGUCUCUGAGGCUGGGCAGGGUCCAGGUCUCUGAUGAGGGGCAGUAUUCAUGUUACAUUCAGUCCAAGUCUGACAAUAAUUACCGCAUCAUGGUUUCACUGGAAGUAAGAGCUGUAGGAACUGAGCCAGUGAUCUUCACAGAAGCAGAUGAAGAAGUGGAGGUUGGCCUGCUGUGUGAAUCUAAAGGCUGGUAUCCUCAGCCUGACCUCAUCUGGCAGGACAGCGGGGGUCACAAUCUCACCACUGAGAAACCUGAGAUACUCAGGGACAGCCUGGACCUCAUUGCCAUAAGAACACGUGUCGUCAUAAAGAUAGAAGGCAGCAGCACAUUCACCUGUCGUGUUCUGCAGCAGAAGCUCAAUGAAGAAAAAGUGACAGAGUUUAACCUCCAUGAGAUGAAGGCUGAUUGGUCAAUGUGCCCGUAUUUUAUUCUCCUGAUCCUCCACCAGACCUCCAGAUCAGAGAUGUUCCAGCUUCUGGGUCCAGCUAGUCCUGUCAUUGCUGUAGUUGGUGAAGAUGUUGUCCUUCCCACUCACCUCAAACCCAACAUAAGUGCAGAGGAUAUGCACAUAGAGUGGUUCAGACCACAGAACAGAGACCCACUGGUGCAUCUCUACCUUCUGGGAGAGAGCAGGAAUGAGCACCAGAACCCAUCGUACAGCGGAAGGACCGCACUCUUCCCUGAGGAACUGAGGGAGGGCAAUACGUCUCUGAGGCUGGGCAGGGUCCAGGUCUCUGAUGAGGGGCAGUACUCAUGUUACAUUCAGUCCAAGUCUGACAAUAAUUACCGCAUCAUGGUUUCACUGGAAGUAAGAGCUGUAGGAACUGAGCCAGUGAUCUUCAGGGAAGCAGAUGAAGAAGGGGAGGUUGGCCUGCUGUGUGAAUCUAAAGGCUGGUAUCCUCAGCCUGACCUCAUCUGGCAGGACAGCAGGGGUCAUAAUCUCACCACUGAGAAACCUGAGAUACUCAGGGACAGCCUGGGCCUCAUUGCCAUAAGAACACGUGUCGUCAUAAAGAGAGAAGGCAGCAGCAGAUUCACCUGUCGAGUUCUGCAGCAGAAGCUCAAUGAGGAAAAGGUGACAGAGUUUAAGCUCCAUGGUGAGUAA